GUUUUUGCAGUCUAGACUGGAUCAUCAAGGGAUUAUGUUUUGCGGCAAACUGAUACCCUCAAGAGAAAAACGGCAUUGAAUGUCCCCCUUGAUUGUAUGCAAAAGAAGUUGGUAUUUUAUGCUGAAACAAAGCUGGAUUAAACAUGAGGCCAAAGACUUUUCCUGCCACCACUUACUCUGGGAACAGCCGGCAGAGAUUGCAGGAGAUUCGGGAAGGUUUGAAGCAGCCCACCAAAUCUUCCAGUCAAGGAUUACCUGUCGGAUCGGGCAGUGACAGUUCUCUGGAUCCUAAAAUUCUAGUAGGGAAAGAUGGUGCCAGGCAGCAGCAGAUGAGACCAGGCGCCAAGUUUGGACCUUACCAGAAAGCGCUGAGAGAAAUCAGGUAUUCUUUGCUGCCCUUUGCUAAUGAGUUGGACACCACCUCUACCGCUGUGGAAGUGAACAGACAGAUGCUUCAGGAACUGGUACACGCAGGAUGUGAUCAGGAGAUGGCGAUAAGAGCCCUCAAACAGACUGGCAGCAGAAGCAUAGAAGCAGCUUUGGAAUACAUUAGCAAGAUGGGAUACUUAGAUGCUAGAAAUGAACAAAUAGUCCGUGUAAUCAAGCAGACUUCUCCGGGAAAAGGCAUCUCGCCACACAACAUCAGCCGUAGGCCCAGUUUUGAAGGAUCCAGUGAAUCUUUUCCGUCCUACCACCAGAUCAGUAACCCAGGCUAUGAUGGGUCAGGCUUUGGGGCAGAAGCUGCCAACAUGCUCAGUGAGGUUUCCAGGCCAUAUAUGGACUACUUGCUUUCUGCUUCACAGUCUGCAAAUAUGAGUGCUCCUGUACAAAGGCCACCUGUUGUUGGUUCCCACAACACACCUGGGAGUCACCAACAGAAAACAUACCCUGCAAACAUAGAUUCUCCAGUAAUCAAUUACCCGGUGGUUACUCACAGUGGCCAAGCUUUGCAGCUGCAAAGUAACCAUGGCACAAACAGCCCGCAUUAUAGCAGGCAGCCCAUAAUAGUGCAGGGUGAUGUUCUUGGGUACGGCAUUCAGCGGAGUCAGUCGUUUCAGAACAAGCUACAGCAGGAAGGAGGUUAUCCAAGCCUUCCGAACAAAGGGAAUGUGGUUCAGAAUAACUCUGGCCAUGGGUUCCAGCAAGCAACGGCCGGUCUGUAUAUGCCCCAUUCUCAUCACAAGCAACCCAUCCAAGCUUCUCACCCAAUGCAUGUGAUCACCAGAGGCCCAGCAUUUACAAACGAAUUUUCAGACAGCCCGCCACAGGGUCUGUUGACCCCAUCUAGAAACAGCCUGAACAUGGACCUGUAUGACAUGAACAACCCUCAAGUUCAGCAGUGGCAAGCGACCUCCUCCUCCUCGUCUUCCUCCUCCUCCCGCCGUGAUUCAUUACAGAACCAGGCACUGGAUGCGUCUCCCCGGCAGCAUGUGCCCUUCAGAUCAGAUGCUUGUGUGCCGAGCCGAACCAAUUCCUUCAACAAUCACCAACAACAGCAGCAGAUACCGGUAUCCAUGAGGCAGACUCCUUCAGGCAAAGCUGACCCUUCCAUUAGUUCUCCAAACACCAUCACAGCAGUCACCUCUGCUCAUAUCCUCCAGCCGGUGAAGAGCACAAGAGUGAUGAGGCCCGAGCCACAGACUGCUGUGGGCCCUGCUCAUCCUGGCUGGUUACCUGCGCAGUCUUCGGCUGUGGAUGGCGUAGGAAUGAUUGAACAGCACCCCCUUCCUGUUGGAGGAGCAAAUACUUAUCCAUUAGAUGUUGAUUAUAGCAAUCAGGAGCUCAGGUGUCCACCACCACCAUAUCCUAAACAUUAUCUGCUGCCUAGUAAUUCCGAGCAGUUCGAUAUCAAUUGCUUACGUACAGGAAUUGAGCAGACAAUGAGAGGGGUCUCAAACUCACCAAGCAACAAAGCAGAGGAAAACGGGGAAAGGAAUGAUAAAAUCAAGAGCGUCAAAGUGGAAAAAUCCGGCAAGGAUAAAAAGCAAAUCCAGACCUCACCAGUGCCAGUGCGAAAAGGUGGCAAAGAUGAAGAGAAAAGAGAGUCCCGCAUCAAGAGUUACUCACCAUUUGCCUUUAAAUUCUAUAUGGAGCAGCAUGUGGAGAAUGUCAUAAAGACCUACCAGCAAAAAAUUAAUCGCCGGCUACAACUGGAGCAAGAAAUGGCCAAAGCCGGCCUUUCUGAAGCAGAGCAAGAACAAAUGAGGAAAAUCCUCUACCAGAAAGAGUCCAACUACAACAGGCUCAAGAGAGCCAAGAUGGACAAAUCAAUGUUUGUAAAAAUCAAAACUCUGGGUAUUGGGGCUUUUGGAGAAGUUUGCCUUGCCUGCAAAGUGGAUACUAAUGCUCUGUAUGCCAUGAAAACCCUCAGGAAGAAGGAUGUGCUGAGUCGUAACCAAGUGGCUCACGUCAAGGCCGAGAGAGAUAUCCUCGCAGAAGCAGACAAUGAAUGGGUGGUUAAGCUCUACUACUCUUUUCAAGACAAAGAUAACCUUUACUUUGUGAUGGACUACAUCCCCGGCGGAGACAUGAUGAGCUUGCUGAUACGAAUGGAAGUCUUUCCAGAAAAUUUAGCCCGGUUUUACAUUGCUGAACUCACUUUGGCCAUAGAGAGUGUGCACAAAAUGGGAUUUAUCCAUAGAGACAUUAAACCUGAUAAUAUCCUGAUUGAUCUAGAUGGGCACAUCAAACUGACAGAUUUUGGCCUCUGCACUGGAUUCAGAUGGACGCACAAUUCAAAAUAUUAUCAGAAAGGGAGUCAUAUCAGGCAGGACAGCAUGGAGCCAAGCGAUCUCUGGGAUGAUGUGUCUAACUGCAGAUGUGGAGACAGGCUGAAGACCUUGGAGCAAAGAGCUAAGAAACAACAUCAGAGAUGCUUAGCCCAUUCGUUAGUUGGCACUCCCAAUUACAUUGCACCAGAAGUCCUGCUCCGUAAAGGAUACACUCAGCUUUGUGACUGGUGGAGUGUUGGCGUGAUUCUCUUUGAGAUGCUGGUAGGGCAGCCUCCCUUUCUGGCUCCCUCGCCCACCGAAACCCAGCUGAAGGUGAUCAACUGGGAGAGCACCCUGCACAUUCCCUCCCAGAUCAAGCUAAGUCCUGAAGCGAGUGACCUGAUCGCCAAACUGUGUUGCUCUGCCGAAGAGAGGCUUGGAAGAAACGGAGCCGAUGACAUUAAGGCUCACCUUUUCUUUGACUCCAUAGAGUUCUCCACUGACUGUCGCAGGCAGCCGGCUCCCUACAUCCCAAAGAUUAGCCAUCCAACGGAUACAUCUAAUUUCGAUCCAGUUGAGGAAGAUGGUCCUUGGGAGGACACAAGUGAGGACAGCACCAGAGCCUGGGACCCGCAGGUCUCCUCUAGCGGCAAACACACCGAACACGCCUUCUAUGAGUUCACUUUCCGAAGGUUCUUCGAUGACAACGGAUACCCGUUUAGAUAUCCAAAGCCUUCUGGGCUAGAAGUAAACCAGUCUGAGAAUUCUGACAUAGAAAGCAAAGAUGGGCUGGAUCAGACUGGAGCUUGUCAACCUGUAUAUGUGUAAAUUAUUGUACAGAGUUCUCAAAGC